UCCGUCCUCCACAGCAGACAGCGGUCCGUCUCUCGCUGCUUUUUCCCCCCGUUUUUCCUGCUCCACGUUUCGGCCUCCGCGUUCUGUCCGCGUCCUGUCCGCCAUGAGAAGAGCCCCGUUCUUCGCCGUCUCCCUGCUGCUCCUGGCGUCCGUCCUCUGCGCCUCCGAAGCGGCGAGGAGCAGCAGGAACCAGCCGAGCAACAGCUUCAGGCGGGCGGCCAACGGGGUGUACCAGACCCUGAGCAGCGUCUUCGGGGAGGACAACAUCAAAGGCCUGUACAAGUUUUUCUCCAAAACCACAGAGCGCUUCGUUCAUGGAGUCGACUCUUUCGUGGACAGUCUGUGGAAGAUCUGGUCCGACCUUCUGGACGUCAUGGGCAUCGACUCGUCCAACCUGACCCACUACUUCAGCCCCACGUCCCUGAGCAGCUCCCCGGCUCGCGCGCUCCUCCUGGUGGCCGCGGUGUUGGUGGCCUACUGGUUCCUCUCCAUGUUCCUGGGCGGGUUCUUCUACCUGCUGCACGCCCUGUUCGGACGCUUCUUCUGGGUGGCGCGCGUGACCCUGUUCGCCCUCACCUGCCUCUACAUCCUGCAGAAGUUCGAAGGGGACCCGGAGAAGGCGGUGCUGCCCCUGUGCUUCAUCAUGGCCGUGUACUUCAUGACCGGGCCGGUGGGGGCGUACUGGCGUCGGGGCGGGGGUCAGGGGUCGCUCGAGGAGAAGAUCGACCACUUGGAUACGCAGAUCAGACUCCUCAACAUCAGGCUGAGCAGGGUCAUAGACAGUCUGGAGCGGCCCGGCGAGCAGUAGAAGUCGUACUCAGAAGGUGCACUGCGGGACUUUUCUGGUGAGGUGUUAGGGCUUUGACUGAAAUGUCCCACAGUAUGGCAUUAAAACGCAUUUAUUUAACAUUAAUAACUCGUUUUUACUGCUCAGAAACACCUUGAAAAACGUACAUUCUUACCGUGAGAGUCGCCUUUUCACAGAUGUACCCUGUAUUUUGGCUUGAUGACUCUUCGCGACUUCGAGUUUAAUGCCACACUGUGUAAAAUUCCAGGCAAAGCGAUAACAUCUCCAUGGAAACAAGCAAGUAAUGGUCUCUACCUGAAAAGUUACAUAGUGCACCUUUUAAAAAAGAUGUCCACACAAAUGGGUUUUUUAUUUAAUACACGACUAACACUUCUCUCAGCCUCUUUAAACAUGAAAGUUUGAGGGAAAUUUAUAUCUAUAUAUAUUUUAUAAAAGAAUACAUUUGCAAUUUAUGAUUUUAAAUUGCGUUUCAUUCAGAUUUUGUGGCAAAAGUUCUCAAAAUUAUUACGCAUCUCUAUGUAUCUGACCCAGACUGCACUCACAAGACAACAAAACAACAACAAAAACUACUAUUUAUACAGAAAAAUAGUACCAUAUUUUUUUGACUAUAAGUUGCUCCGGAGUAAAAGUCGCACCAGCCAAAAAAAGGCAUAACGAAGAAGAAAAAAAACAUGUAUAAGUCGCACUUUUUGUGGGAAAUGUAUUUUAUAAAAUCAGAGACCAGGAAUUGACAUUUCAUCUUAAAAGUCAAGCUCUAGUAAAAACAAUAGAACAAGUUUACCGAACUCUCCGUCUCACUCCAAAUCACUAAAUCCAUUCAAUUCUUCAUCCUCGGUGUCACUUCUGAGCAACUCCACGACCUCCGGAGGUAAACAGAGCGCCUGCUUCCUCUUCUGUGUAGCUGUAAAUUUGAAUAUUUAAGUCGCAGGAAACACCCAAACCAUGAAUUAAAGUGCGAUUUAUAGUCCGAAAAAUAUGGGAUUAGGAAACAGUGUAUUUAUGUAAAGACCGAUUGAACUUGUCAGUCUUGCCUUUUCAUAUAUAAAUACUAAAAAAUACCAAAUCCUCAGCUCACUCACUCACGUCUUUCUAAUGUUGCCCCAUAUUAAAACUUAUCUAAAUAAAUAAAUGCUCACUCCUCUGAAUUUCCUGUUUCUGGCUGUUCAAAUGCCACACUCCACUUUUACCAGCAGAGGGCGGCAAACUUUCUAAUCUACAUUCAAAUGGCCAGUAUGAUCUGUUCUUUCUAGAAAUCCUUACAUUUUACUACUUUACUAACUCGAAAACGAAACCAAAACUAAAAUCCCAUUUGUGUGGACGUGAUUUCGAUUAUCAGUGAUCACGUGACCCGCUCUCCUUCAGUAUUUUAAUCUCUAACGACGAUUCUUCACCAACACAACUAUUUUACCGCAGCGUUUGACCACUAAAGAGACUUUGACCAAUCAGAGAACAGUAUUUUAACGACGCGAAGAGUUUUUAUUCCAGACACAAAUGGACACGUUUCGUUUUUGUAAUUUUUUGCUGUUCAAAGAUAUAUGUAAAGUUUCACCGUGUAACUUUUCUGGCAGCGGGUGCGUCACUUCGAACGUCUCGUUGAGAAGACGCCGUUGUUUGUCUUGAAAUGUUCCAGAGUAUGGCAUUAAAAGCACGUACAGUAUUCAGCCGCAGAAACGUCUCGGUACACGUGCGUUCUCACUAGAGCUGGGUAUCAUUAAAAAGUUGCCAAUACGAUACAUACCUCGAUACUCAGGCCACGAUACGAUACAUAUCUCGAUACAAUGAGCUUUUGAUUUGAUUCGAUAUAUCUCAAAUCGAUUCGAUACAAAAAUAAAGUGUUUGUUAAACCACUUAUUGUGCAAAGUUCAUAUGAAACACAACUACAAAACAACAAAACUGUAGCCCUGUAACAAAAUAAUUGAGUAAAAUGUAUCAAAAAAUCCUCUUGGCGAUAUAUCAAUACAGCUACUUACAAUAUCGAUACUGUAUUAUCACAUUAAACGAUACGAUAUAUAUCAAUAUUUCGCUAUUUUUGCACACCCUUACAGCCUUUUUGCUGUAAGCGGGGUCGCCUCUCCGCAGAUCUGACCCGUCAUUUACCUCUGUGUUGUCACCCUGAACCUGUAUCAAGCUUCUCUGGACUGAGUUUAAGUUUAAUGCCAUAACACGGAACAUUCCAGGCAACGUAAUAACAUCGCCAUGGAGACGAGCAGGCACCAGAAAAGUCACACGUUUUACCUUUAUCUCGGUGCAGUCCAAACCACAUAUUUCUGGAGUAAUACGUUUUAAAUGCUUUAUCAGUGAAAUUAAUAAAGUGUAAAUAGAAUAGGAUUAUUAAAGGUUCUAUAUUACACAAAAUUGACUCUUAUGAGCUUUAAGCCAUGAUUUAUAAUGUUGUUACCUCAUCGGAAACAGACCUGGAGUUGUGUUUUGUUUCAUUCACACAUGUUUGAGUAAUUCUGCAUUAUAGGCUCUAUUUGCGCUUUUGCCGUUUUAGGCGUUUGGAAACAUGCGGAUGACGACUUCGGUGUAGUUCCCGACACCGGGUGAUGUAAUAAAACCUUGGAUUGAGCAGCAGCAUCUUCACAACCUGCCAAAGCUUUCCAUGGAGGACGUGACGUUAAUAAUCGUAACUGUUGAUCUGCCGAACAUAACAGAACGCUGCAAUGACGUUUUUUUUGUAAUACACAAAUUAACAGGCAAUUUAUAAAGGAAAAAAAGAAAGAAUACAGUGACAUCUAGAGGAAGAAAACCAGGCCAUUUUCUCAGUUUUCCGAGAUUUUGUUACUGUCGCCUAGCCUGAUUCAUCAGCCGGUUUCACUUCGUAGAAACUGUCUGACCUUGCAGCAUUAGAAUUCGUUCGCUCGACAGUAGGCGGGUCCUUUUUUUAUUUAACCAAUCGCUGCUAUUUGUUCGUGGCAUAAGUAAUGCGCCAAAUCCCGUAGGAAGAAGGACAAUAACGUCUUUCCCCCUUGAUAAAAUUCACCAAACAUUCUCUUUGUUGUUUUAUGUUUAAAUCCUCGAUCUCGGGAAUCGUUGCCAACACAGAAUGUACGGCUCUUCGCUGAUUGACUGGUGCCCGAAUUCGCACUUCUGGGAGUUUUUGCGAACCAUCUAGUGUAUUUCAAUUCCUGACCUGAUCGCCAACAGAGCCUAAAAGAAGUCACCGUCCUCAUGUUUCCAAACGUCUUUCGGUUUUGUGACGUAAGCGUGAACAGAGCCCAUUAGUCUGUCUAUAUCUCUGAACCUCAAAAUGCUCUGUUCCACCUUGUGAUGUCAUGUAGUGGUAGCUUUCAAAUCAACAUCUACCUUUUAAUUUAAAAUUUAGUUCAGUAAAGAUUGGGAGUUCGUUCUAAGUGAAACAAUUCCUAUAAUUCCAAUUCCUACUAUUUGACUGAAGAACUCGACCUAGAUCCUCGUUUUUGUGUUUAAAGUGUGCGAAUGAAACAAAACACAACUCCAGGUCUGUUUGUGACGAGGAAACGACAUUAGGACAGAUCAUAAAAGUGUAAUAUGGGCCCUUUAUCCACAUCUGUUUAUCUGUGAAGUCAGGUUAAAGCGAUUUCUAACGUCACAUAUGAAGAUGUCAGUUGUGUUGGAUCAUUCUGUGUAUUUAUUCGUUGGAUCAUGUAGAGUAGUUUCUCAUAGUAACUGUAGACGGGAGGACCUCGUGUGAAAGUGAAUGUUUGUAAAUGUUUCCGAGCAGCACUGCAGAUUUAAACGGGGGUGUCCAAACCGCGGCCCGGGAGCCAAACGCGGUCCACUCUGCUGUUUUUUUGGGCCCUUUGGUUUUGUGUUUAUCAAGUGUCGUGUUUUAAAGAUCCUUACGGAGCUGAAAAUGUUGAAUUUCUAUCGUUUUUAUCAGUCGAGCAAUUGUUUCUGUUGUGUUUUGGAGAUUUUAUCGUAUUUGACAUGUCUGUGGAAAUCCCUCAGUCGUCCAGACGGGGAUCAUGGCCAAGGAUGAACUUUUAAAACACUGUCCAGUUGACAAAAUGCUACUUUACUUUGCUACGGUAUGUAACUUUUUAGCCAAAAAAAGAGACUAAAAGAAAGUCAAUCUUUUUUAUUUUGGUCGUGUUUAUUGCACUAAAAACUAGGGAUGGGACGAGACUCAAUUUCCAAAAGACGAGACAAGACGAGAUUUUAAUAUCAUUUCUAAUAUGAUUUUUUUUGCAAUCCAGUUUCCAGUUUUAGUCUCACAAUGUUUUAUUUGAUUUCAGAUUUUUGUUUCCAUUCUAUUACUGCUUUUUGGUAAGAGAUGUAACUCAGACUCAUAACUCUUUUUCGUCCAAUCCAAAUGUAAACACUUGGAAAAAAAUCUCACGAGAUAAUUUUUCUCGUGUGCACGAUCUUGUGGCAGUUUUGUCUUGCGAGAUCUUGUCCCAUCCCGACUAAAAAUUUCGAGGGCCUCCUGUUGCUCGAGUUUGAUAGAAAAUAAUUACAAAAUAAACCAUAUUUACAUAAUCGUAGAGUCUUGAUGUUAAAACUUGUUUUGAACUUGUUAACAAAUGGUGCAUUUUAAUUUUUCUGCUCCAGCUUAAAAACUCUAAUCAUUUCAGUAGUUUAAGUCACGCAUAUUCCGAUUAGUUUCGAUUGCAGCUUCACUAAGUUUGGACACCCCUGAUGUAAAGUGUUUAAAAAGUGUUUUUAAAGAGACAGCAAUUUCUCAGGGACGCAAAGAAAACUGGACUAAUAUGAAGAAAAAGUCACUGGUUUUGGCUCAUUACACAAUGUUUAGUGCAUUUAAUUUGCUUUGACUGUAACCCACUUUGAAGACUUUUUAUUCCUAAAUAUCUACUUUUGUUUUCACUUUCCACUGUUCCUUGCACUCCUAAAAAAAAAAAAAAAAAAAAUACUAAUUAUGCCACAUUCCUUUGCACCACUUUGUGACCCGAUGCUGUGCACAUUUUAAGAGAAAAACUGUCCAAUGAAAAAUGUUAAGUAGAGUGUUAGAAUGUUUCUCAAUGUAGUGAAUGCGUUUUUGUACAAAGAUAGACCGAGAUAGUGACGUGUAGCUUUUCAUGUGAAGUUUAGAUCCAAAAUUAGCCUUGGAAACAAAGUGCUUUUUACUAUUAAACGAUUGCCAAAUUUAUUAAAGAGGGGGUAUUGCGCAAAAUCGACUUUUUGGAGGUUUGUACCGCGUUCUGUACCAACAUUUUCUCAACAAAAAGAUGCCUGAAGAGGUUUUAGAUGUCGUCCAUGCAUGUUUGAGUAAUCUAGUGAUCUCUCCCUCCCCGUACAAGACAAUUCUGCGUAAAUAUACAAAAACAUGAUGUAAAACUGAACACAGCAACUUGACAAACCUGAUUCAAUGUGUAGUUUCAUUAGCGGGACGAACUCGGAUUGUGUUGUGACAGUGCUCUGAAGGGGGAUUGACUUAGUGUGGAGAGCAAAACUGAAACAUGUUAAGUUGUUUUUGGUGAAUAUAGCAUUUCAAAAAACAAUAUAAGGUAAAGUGAUGAUCUAAAUAACAAUUAAUACCCCCUUUUUAAGCCGAACAAUUGGUUGCAACUUUCCACUUUAUGAACAGUUUUUUAUCCUCAAAAAGCAUCUCCCCCACUUUUUAUACUUAAAUAACUUCAUGCAUGUUAAAUGUUGUUUUUCUUUUUUCACAUUUAUAUUGUUAAAGGUUUAGUUUGAGCGAAAUGUGAUUGGUAAAUUGUUGUUUAAGAUUCACGCAUUCCCCAGUAUUAUGUUACAUGUGUUUUUGUUCUUUUACUGUUGCUGUGGAUCUUUUUUUUUUUUCCUUUUUUAAAAUAAAUUUUUAGUUGGACCAAAGAAAAACUUAAAAAAUGUCAAAUGCUGUAGUUACUGUCCUGCUGCAAAUGUCUGGAAGUGCUAAAAUUACUUGGAUUGAGAAUGUUUUUUGCUUUGGUAGCGUAAAUUUUCACUGAUUAGUUGUGAUUUUUUUGUGUAGUUUUGUUAAUAAUUUAUUCACCUAAUAAGUCCAAUUGGUUAAAGAAUCAUAUUUGAUGAAGAGAUGAUUUUUGCUGGAUUUGUAAAGGAAACUAGAACCAAGUUUGAAAUGCUUUGAUACAAAAAUAGCUCGACAAAACUACUCAAAUCAACACAAAAUUAUGAUUCAGCCUCAUUGAGUUUGUGGUCCAUGUUUUUAAAGGGCCCAUAUGUUUUCUCGUCAAAUACUCAAAACAUACUUCGAGUUUUGUUUUGUUUCAUUCGCACGGGCAUAUUUAGGUGCUGCACUGUGUUUUUAAACUUUACACACCUUCACUAGAAUCAUUUGGAUAAUUUCAACCCUGGAAUUACCAAAUUGUACUAAACAAAGGAGUAAAAGGAGCCGUUAACUUGAAAACUACCACUACAUGACAUCACAAGGUGGAGCAGACCGUGUAGAGCUUUGGAGAUGUGAACAGACUAAUAAUAAAGGUUUACAAAAACGUGUGUGAAUGAAACAAAACGCAACUCCGGGUCUGUUUUUGAAGAGGAAACGACAUUCUAACAUGGCUAAAAACUCCCAAGAGUCAAUUUUGCUUUAAUGAAUUCUUGUAUUUUCACGUAGUUUCAUAUUUUUGUACCUCAAAGCUGUUGCCCCGACGUUUCCUGCUGAUACGACGACUAUAGGCACAUGGUCCUGCUGUCUUAAACGCUCAUGUUUUAUCAGUACUGUAUCAAUCCAUUUUUAGCUGUAUUCUACCAAGUUUUGUUUUUUUUAAUAUGCCAUGUUGUUGUAUAGAUUCUGAAUGAUUUAUUUUUUUGUGUGUAUUUUUAUUCCGACUUUUGGAUGAUGUGUAGUGAUGACGUAGUUAACAGGAUACACAAGUCUGCUGUCUCUCUGUGCGUAACUGAGGCAAGUGUAUGAAGUGAAAUGAGGUCCAUAUUAAAUGAAGUAAAAUGUAAA